GUCCGGUCAUUGUGUCUAAGGGUUUUAUACACGGCUUCUUUCAUCGACCUUUCCCCUGGGAUCCACGUGACACUGUUUGGAAUCUGCCCUCGUGCCCCCACGUGGUUCUCCCACGUGGUUCCCGGUCACAGGAAAUCUCCGAAGGUCAAUUCAACUUUAUUCCCUAGUGGAUCGACCAUGCCACGGAAGACCCAUACGAAGUCGCGAAAUGGCUGCGAUCAGUGCAAGAAAAGGCGAGUCAAGUGCGACGAACGAGGCCCACCAUGCUCAAAUUGUGUCACCAGAGGACUCUGCUGCACGUACUUAAACACACCUGCAGCACGCAGCCUAGCUAAUUCUUCAUCUGCGAGUCCGAAUGCUACCUACUCCGGACCGGGCCGGACCCCGGAUUCUGCCCGUCAGCCCCCCGCUGGCGCAACGACUACUGUUCCGUUUACUUAUUCUCGCAAGCUCGAACUAGAACUGAUGCAUAAAUUUUCCACCGAUACAUAUCGGAGCCUUUGCAACCAAGAAUCGGACCAUUAUGUAUGGCAGAUUGUCAUGCCGCGGAAGGCUCUGGAGCAUGGCUUUCUCAUGAGUGGAAUUCUCGCAGUAGCAUCCCUGCACACAGCCUCGGCUUUAGAGCCACCAGAGGCUUUGUCUUAUAUCGAUACCGCUCUUGAAUACCACAACCAGGGGCUCGCACCCUUUCGGCACGCAAUCGAUAAUCUAACUCCACUUAACUGUGACGCCGUUUUCGCACAUGCUGUCAUUACCAUCAUGAUCUGCAUUGCUCUUCCUCGGUUGCCAGGCUCCAGAGGCGAAAGCUCUAGCAUGACUGAGAACAUCAUCUUCGUGUUCGAGUUGCUGAAAGGCGUGGCCAAAAUUUUCAAUAUUACACGAUCCUGGUUGGAAAAUAACCUCUUCGCUUCUAAAGACGGCUUCUUUGCGAAAACAACCGUUCCACUGGAUGCUGGAACCGAGGAUGCCUUAGCCCGCCUCGCCGACCUAAACGACACACUCCUGGCUAAGAUCGAACCAAAACAGCAUUGCAUCAUCAAAGACGCCAUUUCCCUUCUUCGUCGGUCCUUUGCUCGGUAUAUACACGCUCCCGAUGCAGCGUCCGUCAUGUCUUGGCUUGCGGUUGUCGAUAAAGAAUUUGUUCAUGUCGUCCAUCGUCGUCAGCCCCUUGCUUUGCUUGUUCUUAUGCACUGGGGCGUUUUACUCGCUGAGCUUGAUGGUAAAACGUGGUGGGCCAGAAACUCCGGCUCGGCUCUGGUCUCUGAAAUACUAGCUACUCCGCAGACGGGUGAUGCCCGGUGGGAAGAGGCCGUUUUAUGGCCGAAACGAAAAUUGGGUCUCUAAGUUCUGAAUCCAUGUCUAAGAUGAGGCCUCCGUCACUUUUUUUUUUUUUU